CACCCCGCACGAGCAGUGAGGAGGGCGAGAUGGCGAGCCGCCGCCGCCGCCGCCACCCCUGCUCGCCGGCGGUCGGGCCACUGGAAGACGACGACCUGCUCAUCGAGAUCCUCGUCCGCCUGCCCCCGCAGCCCUCCUCCCUCCCCCGCGCCUCCGCCGUCUGCAGGCGCUGGCGCCUCCUCCUCUCCGACCCAGGAUUCUCCCGCCGCUUCCGCAUCCACCACCGCCGCAACCCUCCCCUCCUCGGUUUCUUCGUCGGAAAUGAAGAUCUGCCGUUCCGACCUACUCUCGACGCCCCCGAUCGUGUCUCCCCCGGCCGUUUCUCCUUGCAGCGCGGCGACGGCGACCGGUUCAUGCCCCUUGGAUGCCGCCAUGGCCUGGUACUCGUCUUCAACGAACCUAAGAACCAGAUCCUGGUGUGGGACCCCGUCACCGGCGACCAGCACUGCGUUGACGUCCCCCCGGUGGUUGCGAUACAUGCGAAGAAGACAAGGAUGAACGGGGCGGUGCUUCGUGCUGCCGGAGACGGUGACCAACACUUCCGAGUGGUGUUGACAGUGGCAGACAAUGACGACAAGCAACACAGACGAGUGCUUGCCUGCGUUUACUCGUCAGAGACUGGCGCAUGGGGUGAUCUGCUCUCAGCACAGCUUCCAUCUGGUGUUCCAGUGAGUGAUUCUCCCGCUUUGGUUUCUACUUACAUGCGUGCUGUGCUGAUUGGGGAUUCCCUUUACUGGAGGCUUGCUGGGAUUUUUUAUGGAAUUCUUGAGUUUGAUUUGGAGAAGCAAAGCCUAGCAGUGAUACCGGUGCCAGUGCAUAUCCUUGAAGAGGGCCACCUAUUCUCGAUUAUGCCCGCAGAGGGUGGUGGCCUUGGUUUACUCCUCCCGACAGACGGCUGCAGCAUCCAGUUAUGGAAGAGGAAGACUGAUUGUGAUGGUGUUGCUUCAUGGUGGCUUGGAAGAACCAUUGAACUGGACAAACUACUUUCUCUGAAUUCAGAGGAGAAUAGCAUAAUGAUACAAGGGGCCAUGGGGGGAAAUAAUGUGGUGCUUGUGUGGACACAUCACAUGCUCUUUACGGUCCAUCUUGAAUCAUUGCAGUUCAAUAAACUUUCUGGGUACUACCCCCUUCAUCAGUAUCAUCCAUUUGAAAGAGUCUACGCUGCAGGUAUCUAGGGUUACAUUCCGGUGGCUGAGAUGCAGAAAAUGGAUAGCGUGCCGUAGGUUCUUCCAUUUUGUAUGCUGUUCACGGGGCCUAUCGUGUGCUACACCCAGAAUUUGGCCCUCUGUACUGUCCAGGUGUGAAGUUGUAUGACCUGUAGGAACUAAUCGCUUCGUUUUCCAACUUACAUGUAUAUUAUCUAGUAUGUUAUGCAUGAGGAUACAGUGACUUGCUUUGCUUGGCCA